CACUACAAGCAUCUGAGAGCGACUACUUUGAAAGAUGCUGAUGUUCGAUUAAAUAUUCAUGUAAUUUUAAAAUUGCUCACUUUCCAAUUUCAGUUUGAAAUUUUUAGAAUACGAUUCGUGAUAACGUAACGAUUUUGGCAAAGGUGGAAGACAUUUCGUAUGUACAUUGGCUUGACAAGAGAAAAAAGAAUGGUAACAUCUAAGUCGGAAACACGUUUUGCCGACGUUACUAGUUCGGUGUCAGGUUUGUGGGACACUGCUCUGAAAGAAGCUCGCAAUUCGGUCGUGUUUCUGGAUGUUGGUGCGUGUGAAUCGCUUCGGUGGGCUGGCGGAGUUAGCAGACUUCAAAAAGCCGGAGCGACUGCCGUAAAAGAUUUUUCUCACUCUCAGGCGAGCGGUCCAUCAGACACCCGUGCUCUAUUCCUCCUGAGCGGCAACGUGCAGACGCCGCCGUCUCUCCAAGUAAUUCGUUCCAUACUUGAGAAGUCGUGUUUUGAAAGUGUGACAGUGGUUACCGGCGCACCCAUAGCAUCGACAUCCGAACGAACGGCAGCACAAGAAGUUAUCUGCUUACAAAGGCAGCUCCGCAACUGGAUGGGUAGCGACGAAACUGUCAGCAAGGUGGUAUACAUACCGAUAGGCAUGUCUAGUGUACUUCCGCAUCUUCUAGUUCUUUCUCCAUUGUGCGGCCUGUUUCCGCCGCUAAUAGCUGAAGACGCAUCCGUCUCCCAUCAGAUACUCCCUCCCGAAAAGAAAGCGCUUCUAGCGCCAAUGAUUUCUUCUUUAAGCCUACUUAUCGGCGAGCUUGAACUUCGAGAUGAGCUUUUCUCCUUAGGAAGAUUGGGAUAUACUAUUGCGGACGAACUGGAACAUUUCGAAGGAACUAUCAAUAGACGAAAGCAACUGCCUGAUGAAGCAAAAAAGGCAUGCGUGCUCUUGUUUGACCGUUCGUUGGACCUCGUAGCACCCCUUUCUUAUGGAAAUGAAAACAUCCUGGAUAUCAUUCGUGCAGUGCUUCCUGCUUUCGACUCAAUUGAUGUUUCUGUGGAUAUGAUUCCGAUUUGCCACGCUAAAGAGGGUCUAACUAGCGCAGGACCAACCGUGGCGAAAGGAACUCUGAGUUGCCUCUCCCAAGCUAAAUUGGCAGAAAUUCAUGAUCUCAAAUGGAAAUUAUUCAUAUCAUAUGGAAAAUACUUUCAGAGCCCUUUGUAUGUAAAAAACGAGUUUAUCACUCUAACAGAGUGCUGCGGGCUACAAGGAAAGCUUCUACCCGACGAAGAUCCAGUUCAUUUUGUCCGCAAAAAUCUCCAGGUGUUUCGAGAUAGCUCACUGGAUCAGAUGUUAGAGAACGGUCAGACGUUAGUCGCUGUAGCUGCACUAUCUGAAGCAUUAAGCAGUCCAGUAAUGCAACGUCGUUGUCAAAAGCUUUCUAUCGAAAAGAUGUUUACCCAUAAUGCCACUGAGAACUCACUCUGCGGAGCACUGGACGCAGGGGAAGCGCUUGUGCAGUUAGCAGAAGGUCGCGGUGGAACAAAACUAGAUUUUGAAGAUCUAGUAUCAAUGUUUCUGUACAUCAAUUCAUUUUGCGGCGAAGACCUCUACGUCGAUCAGCGUAGUAAAGAAGGCUUUCAGCAAGGCUUGCUGGCCGCGAUCACAGAAGACACCCUACGGGACCCUAGCGAAUGGUCGGAUCUAGCCAAACACCUUGUUCCUUCUCUGAAUAUUACCGAAGCCAAGCUUCAGGCCGCUAUAGCUCAGGUUGAGGAAGCUGGAGCACGAGUCGCAGCUCAGAGAAAAUCACUCAAAAGUCUUUGUCGCGUUUUGACCAGAGGAGAUCUCGCACAUCCGUCCACGUAUAGACCGCUGCUCGUGGAACUCGUAGAAACGCUCAAAGCUAGUGUCGACUGCCCAGAUAUUGAAGCCCAUUCGUCGUCCGGAGGAGUACUGGGAGGAAUCCAGGGUGGUCUGGGCUUUCUCAUGGGUGCGAUAGGUGCUGCGGUGGGCGGCACGACUGCCGGAUACCUGGAACGUGCUGACGUUUUGAUGGUAGUAAUUCUUGGCGGUGUGACCUUCACCGAGGUGGCCAUGCUCAAACAGCUGAUAGCAGACACUGGUAAACAGCUAAUUGUCAUCACAACCUCGCUUUUGACGCCAAAGGAGACUCUAAAGCAUAUAUUCACCUCAAUGGUGUAAAUUACGCAAUGGAAUACCCAUGUAUAUGAAUAAUGCGUUAUAUGUUGAGUAAUAAAUAUCUGAAUAAUUUCUGAAGCUUA